AUGGAAGAAGCUGAGCGUCUGGUCAGCCAACGGGAGUGGGAACGCGGCGCACCAUAUCCAGCCGACAAGGUUUCUGUGCGCAAUAUCAGUCUUACCGCCAAUGCUGGCCUCGACGUCUGGGGUCGAAAUAAAGAACAACCACUCCUCAUCUCAGUGUCACUCUCCCUCGCCCAGUCCUUUCAAUCGGCUGCGGAGGGAGAUGUCGUCGACGGUAGUACGGUGCAUUAUGGCAAACUGAGCAAGAACAUCAUCAGUUCAGUGAAAGAGGAGACAUCGGCCAUGUGGCAUGGCACAUUCAACCUAGCAUUGCUCGUAAGGGAGGCGUGUCUCCGGUCAGCAGCCUCUCCAGAAAUCAUUGCGGCUAGCGAGAUAGAUAUAUUCUACCCAAAAGCCAGCAUGUUGGGAGAAGGGGCAGGUUAUCGUCGAUCAACGAACCACAAGAAUGGAGAAGUCUCAGACGUGCUAUAUGUCAGAAACGUUCGCGUUCCCACUAUCAUCGGAGUCAACAGCCAUGAAAGGCAAUUAAAGCAAGCAGUGGUCGCGAAUAUAUGGAUUGACAAGCUUGUUGAUAUGGCGGCCGCUGAUCUGUAUAUUAAGGCUGAGCAAAUCCUAACCAAGGCCAUUGGAGAUUCCGAUUUCGAAACGCUGGAAUCCCUGGCAACAAAAGUGGCUGCCGAAGUAGAGGCCGGAUUCUCCAAUUCAGUUUCGCCCGGUGCCAGCGUCAGAUUGCGGGUUGAGAAACCUGUGGCUGUCCCUUUUGCGGACGCGCCGGCCAUUGAGAUCGUCAGGAUCAAGGAGGAGUGA